CCCAGACCCACGCGAGGACAUCCCACGAGGACUUCUGCACCCAGCUUUGCCGUUCGGUCCUCAAUGGCGAGAGUCCCGGCUCCCACCCUAGCCAUUUUCCUGGCUUGCCUCUUCUCCGGGGCGCUCAGCCAGACCCCGAGGGCUUUCCAGGACAGCACCGUCCCCUUUGAGGUGCUUACCCAGGAGCAGGCUUACGGUCUGGUCCAGCCGAGCCUGCUCCAGGAUGCCAAGCCGUUGAACCACUCAGAGAGCCUCCCCCGGAGCACGGGCUCCGAGCCACCGCUGCUGCCCGUGUGCGUGAAGCCUGCAGACAUCAGACACAUCUUCAAGUACAUCAACACCAUCGUGUCCUGCACCAUCUUCGUAGUAGGGAUCAUUGGGAACUCCACGCUCCUGAGGAUCAUUUACAAGAACAAGUGCAUGAGGAAUGGGCCAAACGUCCUCAUUGCCAGUUUGGCGCUCGGGGACCUUCUCUACAUCCUCAUCGGUCUGCCCAUCAACGUCUAUAAGCUCUUGGCAAAGGACUGGCCCUUCGGCGUGCAGGUGUGCAAGCUGGUCCCCUUCAUCCAAAAAGCCUCAGUGGGCAUCACGGUCCUCAGCCUUUGUGCUCUCAGCAUCGACAGGUACCGAGCAGUGGCAUCCUGGAGUCGGAUCCAGGGGAUAGGGAUCCCCAUGUGGAAGGCAGUGGAGGUGAUGCUGAUCUGGGCAGUGGCCAUUGUGCUCGCGGUCCCCGAAGCUAUCGCCUUCGACAUGGUGGAGCUCAGCUACUGGGAACGACACAUGUGGGUGUGCAUGCUCGCCUCCGAACAGAAAUCCAGCUUCAUGAUGUUCUACCGUGAUGUGAAGGACUGGUGGCUGUUUGGCUUCUAUUUCUGCCUCCCCUUGGUAUGCACUGGCAUCUUCUACACCCUCAUGUCAUGCGAGAUGCUGAGCAAGAGAAAUGGCAUGCGGAUUGCUCUGAACGACCACAUGAAACGGCGCCGGGAGGUGGCCAAGACGGUGUUCUGCCUCGUGGUGAUCUUCGCUCUCUGCUGGCUGCCCCUCCACCUCAGCCGCAUCCUCAAGAAGACCAUCUACGACCAGACGGACCCCAACAGAUGUGAACUGCUCAGUUUCCUCCUGGUGAUGGAUUACUUCGGGAUCAACAUGGCCUCGCUCAAUUCCUGCAUCAACCCUGUGGCUCUCUACUUCGUCAGUCGGAAAUUCAAGAACUGCUUCCAGUCCUGCCUGUGCUGCUGGUGCCAGCGACCGGCCCUGAGCAUCACGCCGACGGACGAGAAGGGCUCCGUGGGCAAGUGGAAAGCCAACGGGCAGGAGCUUGGGCUGGACCGGAGCAGUUCCCGCUUGAGUAACAAGUACAGCUCUUCCUAA